AUGGAGCUCGCCAAGUUCAUGCUGCUGGCGCUGGCCGCGCUCGCCACACUCGCAUCGGACGCCCGUGCAGAUUCGUCUCUCUCCACAGGCGACCACGAAACGCAGCUGUCCGAGCGCUCCAGGAAGCUUCUGUGCUACAAGCCUCACUGCUGCGACCACUGGGACUACCACAAGUGCACGUGCUACAGCACGAAGUACGGCUGGAAGUAUUAUGACGGAAAGUGUUACGAGACCAAGAAGUGCCCGCACUGCUGCGAGGACUGCUACGAUGGCCACUGCAAGAAGGAGAAGUACGGGUGGUACAUAUCGGAUGGCAAGUGCUAUGAGUACUCGAAGUGCCCACACUGCUGCGGAAAGUGCGACUACAAGGAUCACUACACGCACUGCAAGUAA